AGAAUGGCGACACUUUGAUACGAACCGCCUAAAUGUCGUUAUUGUUCAUACCUCUUAGUUUGCUAUCUAAUUAUGGCACAUGGUAAUUACUCUUUUAAAAGUAACAAGUGUUGAAAGAAAACGUGGCACUGAAUCGUUGUUCCUGAAAAUAUUUCCAUGUAUUCGAUGAAACUGAGAGAACCUAUUGGUGAAAGUAUAAUAUAUAACUGCCUAUUUUAUUUUAUCAACUCUUCAAAUUAUAAACUAUUUUAAUUCUCAUUGGUAUAUGUUGUUAACUAUACCGUUGACAGUAGCUAUGUGUCUAUUUAGAUGGUAAACAUGAGAGUACUUUUAAUAUUUCUUGGAAUCAUACAAUUUUUGGACUUUUUUACAUUAUCUGCCGCAUGGGACAAUGAUGAAUUAGAAGUUUUCGAUGUUGUCGAAGAAGUUAAUCAAAAUUUCUACGAUCUCUUGGGUGUUUCUCAGGUGGCAAAUGCCUCAGAAAUUAAAAAAGCUUUUAGGCGAUUAUCACUUCAGCUGCAUCCGGAUAAGAAUGCUGCUGAAAAUGCAGAAGAACAGUUUAGAAAAUUGGUUGCCGUGUAUGAUGUCUUAAGGGAUCCUGGAAAGCGACAAAAAUAUGAUAACGUUCUUGUUAAUGGCUUGCCAAAUUGGCGGUCAGCUGUAUAUUAUUAUCGACAUGUAAGAAAAAUGGGAUUGGUAGAAAUGAGUGUUAUUUUAUUUAUGGUGAUUACGGUUGGACAGUAUUUAAUAGCGUGGGCUGCAUAUUUCGAAAAGAGGUAUACUUAUGAACAAGUACUUGGUAGUAAGCUCCAGAAAAUGCAGAAAAAAAAUAGAAAAGGUAAAAUGGAUGUUCCAGAUUUAGCUGAUAUUUUAGAGAAAAUUCCAACUCCAAGCAUUUGGAAUACUCUUCCAUUUCAACUGCCACGAUGGACAAUUGCAUCUAUCGUAUCUAUACCAUCUAUUAUUCGUGCUAUAAGCGAGACCAUAGAAGAAAGAAAACGUAUGAAAAAGAAAGAAGAGGAAGAGGCAUUAGCUCAAGAAAAUGAACAAGCAGAACCCGAUACUACACCGCGUGGUCCAAGAAGACGAAAAACUGGAUUUCCUCUUCAAGAGAGAAAUGAUAGCAAUUCAAAAGUGGUACCAAAAAAGGAUAACAACGAUGCAGAUCAUAUUUACGAAAAACCUACAAUAACUGGUGGAUUAUGGACCGACGACGAUGUAAUAGAAUUAAUAAAGCUCGUUAAAAAAUAUCCUGGUGGUACGCCAGAGCGAUGGGAAAAAAUUGCAGAUACAAUGAAUCGUACAGUCGGAGAAGUUACGCAUAUGGCCAAAAAGAUCAAAGAUGAAGGAUUAAAACCUGGCGAAUGUAUUGAAGAUAAUACUGGAGCAGAUCGACCAAAAAAAGUAAAAACACGAAAUGAAAAUGUUGAUAAUACUAAUACAGAAUGGAGUCAAGAACAACAAAGAGCAUUAGAAUCUGCGCUUAUAAAAUACCCUAAGGGAACAUCGAUGGAUAGAUGGGAAAAAAUUGCAGCCUGUGUUGUAGGAAAAACAAAGGAGGAAUGCCAAGCACGAUAUCGACAACUAGUAGAACUAAUUAAAAAGAAACAACAGUCGUGACUUGAUCUACGGAAAAACAUAUUCAAGAUUCUUUUAUUCAUUAAAUGUUUAAUAUUUCGUGUUACCAUUGUAAAAAACAGAAAAACGUUUGUCCAAAUUUAUUUCUAAUAAUGUUUUUUUAUCUAAUCAAACAUUAGAUAAUGAGAAAUGCAAUCAAUUUAUUAACAUUCAAACGUAAUUCUUUUUUAUAAGAUAAGAAUUGUCCAAUUUCAUGAGUGAUAUAAUACAAACACCUUUAACUUAUCAAAAUAUUUGUAACACUAUUACAAUCAUGAUAAAAUGAUAAUCUUCCAUUUUGGCAAGAUAUCAUUAAACCGUUCCAUCAUUUACCAUGCCCAUAUAUCAAGAAUGUAUUUAUUUAAUAAAUUUAAUACUUCGUUAAGAGAAAGAGACUGAAGAGAUAUAAAGUUAAGAUAUAAUAUUCCUAUAAUUUAGAUUUAAAUUAAAAAUAUACUUUUAAUUAAGUCCAAAGUCUUACAUUCUUAAAAAUGAAAUAAUUAUUACAGUCAUAUAAAAUGUACAUAUGUACAUAUAAAUACAAUAAAUUCAUCAUACGUUCGAUCUAAUUAAUGAAAAGUGUUGUGAUAUACACAAACAAUAUAGUUUGCAUCCCUAAUUGCAGGGUUUCCCUAAUGACAUAUCAAACAUUCUAUUUAAAUUAUAUUUUAUGAUGUAUUUAUCAUGAACGCGUCUCGAGAAAAGAAAUUAAAGCGAUUUGUAUACUAUUUAAUGAUUUUUUUUCAAACUUACACAAUUAAUAAAUAACAAAUUCGUAUGUAAUUAUUACGCAUUAUCUGAAUCAUACGUGCAUCAUCUGAAUGUGUUUGAAAUAUAUACAUUUUUUUCUCUACAUCAUAUAAUUACAAUUUAUAUUACGUCGUGCUAUGUAAUAAAUAUACGUAAAAAUGUAUUCAGAAGUAUAUAACAACUCUUAUAUA